AUUAGAGACGGUAGGAACAUUCAUUUUUGUGUUUGUCAGGUUUUGGGAUUGCAAUUACAAAUCUUAUCAAUGAGAAUAGAGUGAUACUUCCUGGAAUUGCAAUUAUUUGGGGACUUAUAGGUGUGGUAUUGCUAUAUUAUCUUGGUUGCAUUUCUGGUGGCCAUUUCAUUCCAGUUGUUACAAUUUUUCGGACAUUUGCCGGAAGAUUACCAAUGAUGCAGGUGCCAGCAUAUAUAUUUGCUCAAUAUAUUGGAUCAAUAGCUGGAUUUGAAGCUCUCCAAUUAAUAUUUGGUGACAAACCAAAUCGUUUUUUGAUAAUUCUUUCGACUGGUUCUAACCUCCGAGCAUUCAUUAUGGAAUUUUUAAUCACUUUCUAUACUAUGCUCAUCAUUUCUAAAGUCUCCAGCAAAAAUAGAUUGAUUAGUGAAUUGGUUGGAUUUGCAGUUGGGGCGACAAUUAUUCUAAGCAUGUUAUUUGUUGGACCGUUUACAAGAGCAGCUAUAAGAGCAUCAAUGAAUCCAACAGAAAGAUUAAGCUCAACUAUUGUGCACCAUGAAUAUAAAGAUUUGGAGUGGCCUAUAUUAGGAACUUUGGGUGGCUCAUUGACGUAUACUUUCUUCAUACAUUCAAGCAAAAUGGUACGCAAAAUGGUACGUGAGCAAAACAACAAUUUUUACCCCCCAAAUGUAUUCGGAUCGUUGGCUUUAAAAAUAAUGAUGUAUUAGGAUUGAAAGAAAUAUCUAUAAAAUCCAU